AUGACAUGUAGUUCAAUUCAAAAGGACAUUGUACAUGCUGCAGCUAAGGAAACUAUUAAGGCUAUUGUGAAAGAUAUUGGAGAUGAGCUCUUUGCAAUUCUAGUAGACGAAUCACGUGAUGUGUCUUGUAAAGAGCAAAUGGCAUUGGUUUUGCGGUUCGUAAAUAGUCAAGGAGUUGUUGUAGAGAGGUUUAUUGGCAUAAAACAUGUCAGUGAUACUUCGGCUUUGUGUCUAAAGGCGACUAUUUAUUCUUUUUUGACAGAAUGUGGAUUAAGUCCACAUAGAAUUCGAGGACAAGGUUAUGAUGGAGCUAGUAACAUGAGCGGUGCAUUUAAUGGAUUGAAGACACUAAUUAUGAAAGAAGUGAAAUUUGCACAUUAUAUUCAUUGUUUUGCUCAUCAGUUACAGUUAGCACUUGUGUUUGUUGCAAAGAAUCAUCCUGACAUCAAUGAUUUUUUUGAUUUGAUUUCUCGUUUGUUAAACAUGCUUGGUUCUUCCUAUAAACGUCGAGACAACUUAAGAGAGAAACAAGCAACAAAAGUGGUGGAAGCAUUGGCUGCAGGUGAAAUUCAAAGUGGUACAGGUUUGAAUCAAGAAGUCGGUAUCAAACGACCUUGUGAUACUCGUUGGGGUUCUCAUUUUGGUUCACUCUUAAAUAUCAAGAGAACGUAUUCUUCAAUUUGUGAAGUACUUGAAGACAUUAAAGUUAAUGGGAUCACAAAUGAUUUAAACAUAACGUUGCAAAAAAAAGACCAAAAUAUUGUAAAUGCGAUGCAUCAAGUGAGAUCCUCUAAGGCCAGACUCAUACAAAUGAGAAAUGAAGGAUGGGAACUACUUUCAAAUGAUGUUACUUUGUUCUGCGAAAAAUGUGAAAUUGAUAUUUUGAAUAUGGAAGAUCCAUAUUACAAUGGAACAAGUCGUCGCAAAGGUUCACAAAUUAACUACUUACAUCACUAUAAGAUUGAUGUAUUUAUUGCGGCCAUAGAUAUACAAUCUCAAGAGCUUAACAAUCGAUUUAAUGAAGUAAACACAUCAUUACUUAUUUCAAUGGCUUCUUUGUGUCCAAGUAAGUCUUUUCAAGCGUUUAAUGUGGAUGAACUACUCAAGAUGGCUAUGUUUUAUUCUAACGAGUUCCCAGAACGUACCAUUGGAGCACUUAGAGCAAGUCUUCAAAAUUAUAUUGUGGAUGUACGUGGAGAUGCAAGGUUUAAUAACUUGAAGGGAAUUGGAAACUUGGCAAAGAUGAUGGUUGAAACAAACAAGCAUACAAUAUAUCCAAUGGUAUAUCUUCUACUAAAAUUAGCAUUGAUAUUGCCUGUUGCAACAUCCACAGUGGAACGUGCAUUUUCUGCGAUGAAGUUGAUAAAGAAUGAUUUGCGUAAUAAGAUGAGUGAUCAAUUUAUGAAUGAUUGUCUAGUGUCAUAUAUUGAGAAAGAUGUGUUAGAUGUUAAUAAUAUAUUUGGUUAA